UCUUUCUCUCUCUAAAAACCAACGUAGGAAACAUAUAUACAUGGCAGAUUACGCUGCAACAAUCUCUCUCUCCCAAGCUCGAUCCCUCUCUCACACCUCCGAGGAGGAAGAGGAGCACAGCCCUCGAAGUGUUCCUCCACUCUCCAACAGGCCCAAGAUCACCACCAUCAACCACCGCUCGUUGGCCGUAGGCGGCGGCGGGGACUCCAGCAGCGCUGGUCAUGAACUCGUCGUAUCAACAGCCAGCCCCACCUCCCGGAAACCCCGUGGCCGUCCACUGGGUUCGAAGAACAAGCCCAAACCGCCGGUCGUAAUCACCCGAGAGAGCGAAUCGGCGAUGAAACCGGCGGUCCUGGAGAUCUCCGCCGGCUCCGACGUCAUCGAAAUGGUGGGUCGGUUCGCGCGGAGCCGCCGCCUCGGCCUCACCGUGCUGGGUGGCUCCGGGACUGUCUGCGACGUCACUCUCCGCCACGUGGUGCUCCGGGGACCCUUCAACAUCCUCUCUCUCACCGGGACGAUACUUGGUUCUUCUUCUUCAUCAUCUUCUUCUUGUGGUUUUGCUAUCACUGUUUCAGGGCCCCAGGGACAGGUCUUCGGCGGUGUGGUGGCGGGAAAGGUGGUGGCAGAGAGUGCGGUGGUGGUGGUGGCGGCGACGUUCAUGACCCCAACUUUCCACAGGCUGCCUUGUACUAAGGUUGAAGAGCCUGAUCAUCAUGAAGCAGCAACAAAACCUCUUCCUCCUCCUAUGUCAAUUAGUGAGGGCUGUUCCAGUACUGGCAUGUCCAUGUCAAUCUAUGGUGUUGCGGCACCAACGCCCUUGAACUGCCAGAUCUCUCCUGAUCAUCAUGUCCUCCCUUGGGGUCCCACCUCUCGCCCAUCUCCUCCUUACUAGGAGGAAGAUCAUGAAGCAGAAGGAUCCAUAUUGAAAAGCUGAAGAAAUUCAUUUUGCAUAUCUUAAACAUACAGUUGUCUUUAUUUUAUUUAGUUUGCAUGUUAUUUAGAGAAAAUAACAAUGCAAUUUUUUAUUUUUUUUUUGGGUUUAUUUCCUUUGAAUCUAGCUGUCAGAUACUCUUAUGGUUCAUUAAGUUCAAGCAUUUUAGUUAGUGUAGCAUGUAUUGUCUUUGGAGUUGAUUUAUUUUAAAAAUAUAAUGGUAUUUAGUAGUUAUUGAUAUCUCAUAUAUACAUAAUGGAGUAUAAUUUUGUGUGCGUAGAUAUAUAAUAUAUAAUUUUUUUUUUUUUUUUUUAACGAAGCCUGCAAAAUGUUAUUUAUUUAUUUUGUGCUUUUGCAACUGAUUUGAUGGGAUUGUCAGUUGUUCAGGAAUUCCCAUUGUCAGGAUGUGUCCCUCGGGAAGGACCA